CAAUUCCUUCGCUUUCCCUCUCUCUCUCUCUCUCUCUCCUCUUCGCCGGAGAUCUCUCUGUCUGCAGCGCUUUCCCGCUCCUCCUCUCCCGUCCCUAAUUCCCCUCCUCGAUUUGCUCCUCCUUCGUGGAGGAGCCUUUCGAGUCGUCGCCCCCUCAGGCGUUCCGGUUCGGUUUAUUUUACCGGCGAGACCGAGAAUGAAUCGGUGCGGAUAUCAGCAGAAGAACGCCAUGGGAGGCUACGAGGGGAUGAGGAGGGUGGUGGUGGAGCCGGUGGUGUGCCCGAAGCCUCGUCGAGUCGGCCUGUUGAAUCCGUCCAUGGACGAUCCCUUCCGGCCUCCGAGACGUCAUAUCAAUCACCUCGCAGAGGCAGGGGAUUCAACGGCCGGGCCCGAGCUUCUUGACAUCAUAUUAACCAAGCUUCUGCAGGGAGGUUAUGGAGGUGAGAGAUCUGCUGCUCCUGUGGCUUCAUCGCCGCCAUUUUUCUGCGGAUCUCCUCCGUGCCGGGUGUCGAACCCCGUGAUCCAAGAUGCCCAGUUUGGGACUGAGCAGUUCAUUCCAUCAUCUCCCGCACCACCAUCGCCAUCAUCCUUAUCUGCGCGUAAGGCAGGAGGAGGAGGAUCUGUGAGGAUGAAGUUUGGGCACAAGCCUGCCCCCGUGAGAAUCGAAGGUUUCGAUUGCCUGGGGAGAGAUCGCCGCAAUUGCAGCAUCUCUGCCUUGGCCUAAUCAGAGGCCAAAUAUAACAUAACUAUAUGCAGAACAUGAAGGAAAAAAAAAAAGGGCUGCCAAAGUAAUUUUUGAGAUGGAAGAGCAGACGUGGUAAUUUCGGGAGAGAUGAAGAGGAGGAACUAAUUAAAGAUAAGGUGAAUCUGUAGUUUUCUACUAGUGCUACUUGUAUAUAUGAGUCAAUGGGAUGUUGUUGUGGAAUUUUAUUUUUUUUAAGUGUUCUUGGGUGUCAAUCUCGAGAACUUGUACAUGUAACUUAUGGGGGUCGUGAGAGAUGUUAAAUUUUUGCAGAAUAAAAGGGGGAGAGAAGUCUUUCUCUUUGUUAGGGUGUGUGUUUCUGUACCUCGUUUUUGUGAGAGCUGGUUGAGAAGUGUUGAGAAGGAGGGAGGGAGUGAGUCUGUCUUGCUCUGUGUAAUCUUGUUUCAUCACUUUCCAUUGUCUCUGUCCCCCACUGCUAGUUGUAAUUUGGAGGAAGAAGUGGAGGAGUGAUAUCCUUUUUUUAUUUUGGGGGAAUCAGACAUCUCACUUGCUUCAUCAUCCUGCAGCAAUCAAUAAGUCCUGUACAAAAGCACAUGGAUGAUGAGAUUUGGGAAAUCUAUAUAUGUAAAUAAUCGAAUUUUCUUUUGUUUCUUUUAUAUAUAUAUAUGUUGGAGA